AUGGGCGAACACAGAAUCAGAGUCGCAAUUUGUGGGUGCGGCGUCGCCGGUCUGACGCUGGCCAUUACCCUCCACAGAUACAACGCCCCUGGAACUAACCUCCAGGUUGAUAUUUAUGAAUCAGACCCAGAAGUGCGUACCGCAGGCGCCGGAAUUACCGUUUGGCCGCGUACAUGGGAUGUUUUGAAGAACCUGAACAUGUAUGAUCAACUGAAAGAGGUUGCUGUGCAGUCAAGAGACACGCGUCCGGACACUGCCUUCAAGCCUGCGUUCGUCGCCCGCAAAGCCAAUCAGCCAAGCGAUGGCUUCCACUUCGCUCAUGUGCUCGCGCCGUCCGGCUCCACGACGAUGCACCGAAAGGACAUGCUCGACGUAUUUUUACGCAACCUCCCACCUUCUCACACGAUAAACCUCUCCAAACGCCUCGUGGGGUACGAGCAGCGUUCGGACGGGUCUCCCGGGAUCACCCUCAGCUUUGCCGACGGGACGACCGCAGAGGCCGACGUCCUCCUCGGCGCAGACGGCGUCCAUUCGGCCACCCGUACGUGCAUGUACGCCAUCCUUCACGGGCGAGACUGCGCGGGCUCUGCAGCAUCGGUGGCGGAUUGCCCUCGAUGCAAGGCGUCAGUGCCGGCAUGGACGGGGGUGUGCGCGUACCGGAACCUGAUUCCGACGGAGAAGCUCUACGCCAUGAACCCGAAGCAUACGACUGCAAGCGUCGGCGCCAUCCUCUGUCAUAUAAUCAGUUAUCAAGUCUCAGGCGGCAAGUUCCUCAACUUCGUCGCGGUCUUCCGCGUGCCGGGAGGCGAAGGGACGCCCUUUGACGGGAAGUGGGUGGCGGAGGUCCCGAAGGAGGACGUGUUGUCCGCUUUCGACGGAUGGGAGCCGGAAGUGCGGCAGAUGCUGAAGUGCGUGGAGAACCCCACCCGAUGGGCGGUCCACGUAGUGGACGGCCUCCCCUCUGCGGUCGACGGGAGCGUCGCGCUGGUCGGCGACGCCAUGCACGCCAUGCCGCCCAACUUUGGGGCGGGCGGCGGACAGGCUGUCGAGGAUGCGUACAUCCUGGGAAGGCUUCUCGCCGACCCGAGGGUGCGGAGGCAGCACGUCCCCGAUCUGCUCCGGUUGUACGAAAGCGUCCGGCUGGUUUUCGUCAACGACAUCUCGCGUCGCGCGCGCGCGGUGGGACUGAUGUACGAGUUCAACGCGCCCGGAUUUUAUGACGGCACGGAGGGCAUGGAGGAGGAGGUCGAGAAGACAGAGCUUGAGAUACUUGGCGAGGAGAUCCACCGGAUGUGGCAGUGGCAGUGGAGAGAAGGGCUUGAUUCACAGUGGGAGAGCGCGGAGGCUGGCCUGGAAAUAAUCGUGAAGAGCGAGGAAUGA